AUGAGCGACAUUCUCAUCAACUCCGACACUUUCUUCGAACGUCUCCAAACCCUUUACAACGCCUGGAAAGCAGACAAGAGAUCGGGAAAUGAAGUUUUUGGCGGCGCGGACAGCAUCAUCGUCUUGACUGGGAAGGCUGCCGAGGACACUAUAUAUGCUAAGAACAACGCAGUUCAUUUCUGGCUCCUGGGUUAUGAGUUCCCUGCGACGCUGUUAAUCUUGACCACUGCCACUUUUUAUGUGGUUACGACAGAGAAAAAGGCUAAGCACCUUCAAUCCCUUAAGAAUGGGAAGAUACCCGUCGAGAUCCUGACGGUCCACAUGAAACAACCCGAGACCCGAACCCAAGCGUUUGAGAAAUGCAUCGAAAUCAUCAAGAAUGCCGGAAAGAAGGUCGGGACUAUCCCAAAGUCCGAAGCGCAUGGGCCUUUCGUCGAUGAAUGGGUCAAAAUGUAUGGCGAUCUAUCCAAAGAAGUCGAGGAGGUGGACAUCUCUGGCGCCUUCUCGAUGGCGUUUGCUGUCAAGGACGAGAACGAGCUGAGGAAUAUGCGGACCGCGGCUCGGGCAGCCAGUGGCAUGAUCUCAGACUACUGGGUUGAUGCAAUGUCCGCUGUGCUUGAUGAAGAGAAGGAGAUUACCCAUCAACAGCUUUGUGACAACAUGUCGAAGAAGAUCGACGACAACAAGUUCUUCAACAAAAUCUCCAAGCUGCCCAGCGAUUUUGACAACCAGCAGCUCGACUGGGCGUACGGCCCUAUCGUUCAGAGUGGCGGGCAGUAUGAUCUUCGACUGAACGCGCAGCCGACCAACGACAACCUUCACUCCGGUUGCAUCAUUGCCGGGGUAGGUUUCCGGUACAAGACCUACUGUUCGUUGCUCGCGCGUACUUACUUGAUCGACCCGAGCAAGUCGCAGACGUCCAACUACAAGCUUUUACUUGCUGCGCACGAUGCAGCACUGAAAGAAAUCAAAGAGGGGGCACUGCCCAAAGAUGUCUACAACAAGGCCCUAGGCGUCGUCAAGGCUCGCAAACCUGAACUCGAGAAGAGCUUUGGGAAAGACGUUGGAUCGGCCAUCGGUAUUGAGGUUAGGGAUCCGAAAUUUGUCCUGAACGGUAAAAACACCAGACCACUCAAGGACGGCAUGACUUUCAGCGUCACCACCAGCCUGUCGGAUCUCACCAAUGACAAACCUCAAGACAAGAAGGGCACUAACUACACUCUUGUGCUGACGGAUACCGUCCGUGUAACCAGAGGAGAGCCAGUUGUUUUCACCAAGGAGGCACACACCGAACUGGAUUCAAUCGAGUUCUACUUUAAGGAUGACGAGGAAGAGACCAAGCCAAAGCAGGAGAAGGCGAAGAAGCCCGGUGUGAGUGCCAUUGUCACAUCAAAUAUCAAGGCCACCCGUCUGCGAGGCGCCAAUCGGCAGGACAAUGCCAAAGAAGAGGAAGAGGCUCGACGAAGAGAGCAUCAGAAGGAAUUGGCGGCCAAGAAACAGCGCGAAGGUCUAGAAAAAUAUGCUGAGGCAACGGGCGACAUGAACGGUGAGAACGAAAAGAAGUUCAAGAAGUUCGAGUCGUACAAGCGCGAAGGUCAACUUCCACCACGAGCAAAGGACUUGAUCGUCUGCGUGGACCUCAAGGCUUCGACUGUCAUUAUUCCCAUUAUGGGGCGACCAGUGCCGUUCCAUAUCAACUCGAUCAAGAACGUCAGCAAAUCCGACGAAGGCGAGUACACGCAUCUGCGGUUCAAUUUCUUGUCUCCUGGACAAGGUGUUGGGCGUAAAGACGACCAACCUUUCGAGGACCCUCAAGCCCACUUUGUCAGAUCUUUGACUAUACGGUCCAAGGAUCAAGACCGCCUCUCGGAAAUUUCUGCUCAAAUCACAGAACUGCGGAGGUCGGCUGUUCGUCGAGAGCAAGAAAAGAAGGAAAUGGAAGAUGUUGUGGAGCAGGACAAGUUGAUUGAAAUCCGCAAUCGUCGGCCGAUCAAGCUGACAGAUGUCUACCUUCGACCUGCGCAAGAUGGCAAGCGAGUUCCUGGUGAGGUUGAAAUCCACCAGAACGGUUUGCGGUACCAAUCCCCCUUGCGUCAAGAACAUGUCGACGUGGUCUUCUCCAACGUCAAGCACUUGUUCUUCCAGCCUUGUGUGGGUGAACUGAUUGUGCUUAUCCACGUGCAUCUCAAAAACCCCAUCAUCAUCGGUAAACGCAAGACGAGAGAUGUCCAGUUUUACCGCGAAGCCACUGAUAUGGCAUUUGACGAGACGGGCAACCGAAAGCGGAAGCAUCGGUAUGGCGAUGAGGAGGAGUUCGAACAGGAGCAAGAAGAGCGAAGACGCCGAGCCGAGCUCGAUCGCCUGUUCAAGAGUUUCGCGGAAAAGAUCUCGGAUCAAGCCAGAGACUAUAAUGUCACGGUCGACAUUCCAUUCCGCGAGCUCAGUUUCAAUGGUGUUCCGAAUCGCAGCAAUGUGCUAAUGGCACCAACAACCGAUGCGUUGGUUCAAUUGACGGAGCCACCGUUCACUGUGAUUACGCUGGAUGAGAUCGAGGUUGCUCAUCUGGAGAGAAUACAGUUCGGACUCAAAAACUUCGAUCUUGUCUUUGUCUACAAGGACUUUCAUCGCCCUCCGACGCACAUCAACACGAUUCCAGUCGAGUCGCUUGAUAGAGUCAAGGAAUGGUUGGACAGCGUGGAUAUUGCAUAUACUGAAGGCCCACUUAACCUGAACUGGAGCACGAUCAUGAAGACGGUGACCACUGACCCACAUGCUUUCUUCAAAGACGGUGGCUGGAGCUUCUUGGCUACGGAGUCCGACGCCGAAGACGAGGAUGAGUCCGAGGAAGAAAGCGCCUUUGAGAUGAGCGAUUCCGAAUUGGCGGCCAGUGAAUCGGAAAGUGAAGAGGAUAGCGAGUUUGACGACGACGCGAGCGCAAGUGAUGAUGAAGGAGAGGCGGAGAGUGGGUUGUCUGACGAAGGAGAGGACUGGGAUGAGAUGGAGAAGAAGGCCAAGAAGGAGGAUAGGAGAGGCGGGGUGGAAGACGAGGACAAGGGAGCGCGGAAGCGCAAGAGAUGA